CUGCUGCAGGCGGGGCAUAGUGUGAACUCAGAAAAUUGAAAUUUACCCUGUUACUCUGCCCAGAGGGAGCCAUGGCUGCAGUGAACCCUGUGGAAAGUCUCCAGGACGAAGCUACAUGUCCCAUCUGUCUGGAGUAUUUCACAGAACCUGUCACUCUGGAGUGUGGGCACAAUUUCUGCAGAGCCUGCAUCAGCCAGUGCUGGGAAGGAUCUGAUACAGCCAUCUCCUGCCCUCAGUGCAGAGAAACUGUGCAACAGAGAAACCUCAGGCCGAACAGGCAGCUGGCAAAUGUCCUAGAAAUAGCCAAACGGCUGAGUUUACAGGCAGCAAAAGGAGCAGGAGGGGACGGGGCGUGUGAGAGACACCAGGAGACUCUGAAACUGUUCUGUGAAGAGGAUCAAACUCCCAUCUGUGUGAUCUGCAGAGAGUCCCAGGCUCACAGAGCUCACACGGUGGUUCCCAUAGAGGAGGCUGCCCAGGAGUACAAGGAAAAAAUCCAGGCCCAUUUGAAGACUCUGAGGGGAAAGAGAGAAAAGCUGCUGGGAUUUAAAGUGACUGGAGAGGGGAAAAGCCAGGAGUAUCUGAAACAAACACAAACCAAGAGGCAGAAGAUUGUGUCUGAAUUUCAGCAACUGCGGCGGUUCCUGGAGGAACAAGAACGACUCCUGCUGGCCCAGCUGGAAAAGCUGGACGAGGAGAUUGUGAGGAUCCAGAAUGAAAAUGUCAGUAAACUCUCAGAGGAGAUUUCCUGUCUCAGUGAGCUGAUCAGUGAGAUGGAGGGGAAGUGUCAGAAGCCAGCGAGUGAAUUCCUGCAGGAUGUCAGAAGCACCUUGAGCAGGUGGGAGAAGGGGAAGUUCCAGCAGCCAGAGGAGAUUUCUCCUGAACUGGAAGAGCAAGUCAGUGGUUUCUCCCAGAAAACUAUUGCGCUAUCGGAGGCUCUGAGGAAGUUCAAAGACACUCUGCCGUUUGCACUGGAGACCAAAAGAGGGAAAUACCUACGAGCACACAGACAGGCGAAUGUGACUCUGGAUCCAGACACGGCUCAUCCCCAACUCGUCCUGUCUGAGGAUCGGAAAAGUGUGAGACUGGGAGACACACGGCAGGAUCUGCCUGACAACCCUGAGAGAUUUGACGCUGAGCCCUGGGUGCUGGGCUGUGAGGGAUUCACCUCGGGGAGACAUUGCUGGGAGGUGGAGGUGGGGAGUGGGCGAUACUGGGCUGUGGGGGUGGCCAGAGAGUCUGUGGGAAGGAAGGGAGAGAUCAGCCUUAGCCCUGAGGGGGGGAUCUGGGCUGUGGGGUUGGCGGCUCAGUUCUGGGCUCACACCUCCCCUCUGACCCCCCUGCCCCUGAGCCGGGUCCCCAGCAGGAUCCAGGUUUGUCUGGACUGUGACCAGGGGCAGGUGACAUUUAUCAAUGCUGGUGACAAGACCCCGAUCUUCACUUUCCCGCUGGGCUCUGUCCCUGGGGAGAGAAUCCGACCCUGCCUCCGGGUGUGGAGAUCCCAGCUCAGCCUGUGGCCCUGA